AUUGAAUUAAAAAUUAUUAAUAAACAUGUUGGAAUACGAAAAUCAAAUCUUUCUUGAAAUCCUCCAAGAGGAUGGAUUAGUUAUUACAGCUAAGGGCCUUGGUAUAGAAGCUGUUUUUGCAAAUGUGAUAAAAGCUUAUUCAGAUCCAGGCAAUUUAGUUAUAGUUCUAGGAACCACUGAUUACGAUGAGAGUUACUUUAUUGAUCUGCUUAAAAAUUAUGGGACAAAUAUAUUGCCACGUGUAGUCAAUGCUGAAUGUCCUUCUAAUGAAAGGGAAAUAAUGUACUUGGAGGGUGGAGUGCUGUUUAUAUCAGGUCGUAUCUUGGUGGUAGAUCUGUUAAAAAAUAGAGUCCCACUGCACUUAGUCACUGGUAUUCUUGUAUAUAGAGCCCACAAUAUUCUGAAUUUGUAUCAAGAAGCAUUUGCAUUGCGUUUGUACAGGCAAAGUAACAAGACUGGAUUUAUCAAAGCGUUUACAAAUUCGUCAUUGGCUUUCACAGUUGGAUAUUCACGAGUAGAACGAGUUAUGAAGGCCUUGUUUGUGAAAAAAUUAUACUUAUGGCCACGCUUUCAUACAACUGUUAAUAACUGUCUAUCUAAGCACGAGCCUGAUGUUAUAGAAUUACACGUAAAAAUCACACCAAAGAUGCAAAACAUUCAAACAGCAUUGCUUGAUGUUAUGAAUUAUAUCGUGAAAGAAUUGAAAAGGCUCAAUAAAUAUUUAGAUUUAGAUGAGUUAACUGUGGAGAAUGCAAUAGCAAAAAAGUUUCAUAAGCAAUUACAUUCGCAGCUAGAUCCAAUCUGGCAUCAACUCAGUACAACGACCAAACAACUAUUUUCUGAUCUAAAAACAUUACGAUCCCUUAUUAUAUCUUUGACGUAUGAAGAUUCCGUUUCAUUUUAUGCCAUGCUAAAUCGUUUACGGACUAUGGAAUAUGCUGUGAAGUCCAGUGGUUGGAUAAUGUUAGAUGAAGUCGAGAAUUUAUUUAAAUAUGCUAAAAGCAGAGUUUAUUCAGAAAAGAAUGAACUAAAACCAGAACCAAAUCCAAAGUGGCUAGCUUUGUCAGAAGUUCUGUUUGAGAUUCAAGAACAGAAGCGUAAGAAGAAAGACAAUGAAAAUAUUGAUAAAGUUCUUAUUUUAGGACAUGAUAACAAUAUAUGUCAUCAAAUAAAGAACUAUUUAACUAUGGGUGCCAAUGAAUACUUACUUUAUGAGGCUUUAAAGAAACUAUCGCAUAAUAAAGAACAAAAAACAAGUAGCAAUAGUGAGAAAGACACAAAAGAUCAGGAAUCGACAUCUGAAAAUAAUGCAGAGGAAGAAACUCGAGGAGAUCAUGACACUUAUGUGCUCACCUUGUCACAGAAAUGCGUGGAAGAAACUACGCCAAGUACUUCUACAACAGAUGUAAAACAACAAACUUUGUUUGAAGAAUGUUCGCAAUUGGCAGAUUUAGAUUUAACCAGUUGCGCAACAUCCGCGCCUUUGGUUUUCAUACAAGCCAUAAAAAAGGGAGGAGAUCCAAUGGCUUUACAACGAACGUUAACUGAGCAUACGCCAAACAAUGUUAUUUUAUAUGUAGCCGAUAUCAGUACCGUAAGGCAAUUAGAGAUAUAUCAGAAUAAUAAUCCUUCAUUAGAUCUGAAGGUAUAUUUUUUAAUUUAUGGCGGAUCUGUUGAAGAGCAAGAAUAUCUUACUUCAUUACGACGGGAAAAGGAAGCGUUUCAUUCUUUAAUUAAUACGAAAACUACGAUGGUUGUACCAGAAGAUCAAGAUGGAAAAUCGGAGGAUUGUCUGACUUUUGCUGUACAAUCAGAUAACGCAGAACAGGAAAAUACGCGUAAAGGUGGAAUGCAAUCUGAAACCAAAGUAAUUCAGAAAGUUAUUGUCGAUAUGAGAGAAUUUAGAAGUGAAUUACCUGCCAUUUUAUACACUCGUGGUAUAAAAAUUGAACCGGUGACGUUAGUGGUAGGUGAUUACAUCCUUACACCAGAGAUAUGCGUUGAGAGAAAAAGUAUAUCUGAUUUAAUUGGUUCUUUACUUUCUGGAAGAUUAUACAAUCAAGCAGUUUCUAUGACAAGACAUUAUGCCAAACCCAUGCUUCUCAUAGAGUUUGAUCAGAAUAAACCAUUUUGUUUUCAGGGAAAUUAUUAUGUUAGUAGAGAUCUUAAAAAUACUGAAAUAACUUCAAAGUUACAAUUACUAACGCUCCAUUUUCCUAAACUAAAACUUAUAUGGUCUCCUAGUCCACAAGCAACAGCACAGUUGUUUGAAGAAUUGAAGCAAGGACGAAAUCAGCCUGAUUCAAAUGUAGCUGCUAAAAUUGGAGCAGAUGAAAACACGGAAGACAAACAAAUAAUGGUAGAAAAGUAUAAUUCUCACAUACAAGAUUUUAUGGCUAAAUUACCUGGUGUGCAUUCGAAAAACUUGCGUAUUCUAUUGAAUAAAGGAAAAUCGUUAGAUCAUCUUAUUACACUUUCACAAGAAGAAUUAAAAGAAAUAAUUGGGAAUGCAAAUGAUGCUGAAAUGUUGUAUAAAGCUCUACAUGAGAAAUGUUUAUUAACAUAUGAAAAAUCGUUAACUAACAAAGGUGUUUCCAAAGUACGCGGCAAGAAACUUUUUUCCAAAGUAAAAAAAUGAGAUACAGAUAGAUAAAUCACAAUAAAGUACAACAGAUAAGAAAGGAUAUAUCAAAAAAGCAAGCGAAAUAUAUUUAUUAUAAAAUAAAUUUAU